AGUGGCACCGGAUUUGCUCAAGGCGAUGGUUUUCUUCAUUUAAUUAUUGUUUUCCGGUGGUGGGUCGUCAGCGUUCUUGCUUUCCUUUUUGAAGGAGAUGAUAAAGAGGACGUGGGGAACUUGGGAGGAGCUUUUGUUAGGCGGGGCGGUUCUCCGCCACGGUACCGGAGAUUGGGACCUCGUCGCCUCGGAGCUCCGAACCCGAAUCGCUUCUCCCUUUCCCUUCACUGCCGAGAUUUCAUCUGACACAGUUCGUAUUCGAAUGCAGGUCUGUGAAGCCAAGUACGAGGAUUUGCAACGACGUUAUUCUGGUUGCAAAGCUUGGUUCGAGGAGCUACGUAAGCAACGAAUGGAAGAACUGAGGCGAGCUUUAGAGAAAUCUGGUGAUUCAAUCGGGUCUCUGGAAUCAAAGCUCGAAAGCUUAAAAGCUGAGAAACAAAACGAUUCGAGGGUUGAUUAUGAUAGCCAGACAGAAUCAGCCUUACCAUGUCUUAAAUCCGAGGGAUUUGAAUUUUCGAGUAAGGAUGCAUAUAAGGAUGGCCUCUCUGCCGGUAGUUUCACACAGGAAGCCGAGACAAACUGGGUGCCUGAUUGUCCGACUCCGGCUGCAGUGCCUGUAGAAGAGAUGGAUUCCAAGCCAGCAGGAGACUUGCUGAUCUCUGAGAGGGAGAAAUUUUCAAGCAUCGAUAAGUUGGCAGAUACAUUCUGCGGAGGACAGUUGCCGAGUAUACGGAAGAGGAGAGGGAAACGAAAGAAGAAGGGUUGCAGUAAGGAUGCCAAAGAAGGGAGUGUCGGAGAAAGUGAGUUUCUAUGCUUGAUCGAUGUUGGAAGUGCCUUGGAUUGCAAGGAAACUUCAGCUAGUAACUCUGCUCAGAUUGCUAAAACUUCGGGUGUCAAGGAUCAGAGCGGAGGUUCGGCUAAGGACGGGAUUGAUGAUAUAAUGAGAAUAUUCAGUUCCGUUGCGGAGAAUGACUGCGCUUCCAUCUUUCGACGGAGACUCGAUAGCCAGAAAAGAGGAAGAUACAAAAAAAUGAUCCUACGACACAUGGAUUUCGACACCAUAAGAUCGAGAAUUGCCAGUAAUUCAAUCUCGUCUGUUAGAGAACUCUUUCGUGAUACUUUAUUAGUCGCCAACAAUGCCUUGGUUUUUUACUCGAAGAACACUCUUGAAUAUAAAUCCGCACAGCGUCUGAGACAUAUUGUCACCGCAACUCUGCGACAACAUUUAACAGAAUGCGGCGGUAUGGUUCCCAGCACCACCGCUCCCUUCUGCAAGCCUAUGCAUAAGCCCCCUGCAAAGCCCCGGAUUGUUCAUGCUGGUAACUGCAAACCGCCAGGGAACACGUGCAACAAUGGGAACCCCGCGGUUGGGACUUUUCAUGGGAGGCAAAAAACAACUAAAGUGGAGUCUCCUGCAUCGGCGGAGUCCUUGGGUGUGACAAAGAAGGUUUCAGCUCCUCGGCCAAGGGAAGGGGGAGGUGCACGCUCUUGUCGAAAGUCCGAGACUUGAACAAAAGGAAGAAAGAGGACUCGAGCUCUGUGUUAAAUUAUGAAGCCCUGUUGUAGCUCAAUGUUUCUAAGUGUAGAAAAAUGUCCAGAGUUAUCAUGUGUACAAGUUUUACCUAAACUGUUAUAGAACUGCAGCUUAACUUGUAAAACUAAAGGA